AUCAAAGAGAAAUAUGACGUAAAAUAUGCCUAUGUGUGGCAUGCGUUAGCACUUACUGGGGAGGAGUCCUUCCUUCAUCUGAAACAAUGAAAAAGUACAAUCCAGAGAUUGCAUAUCCUAUCCAGUCACCAGGUAAUGUAGGAAAUCUUAGAGAUAUUGCCAUGGACAGCUUGGAGAAGUAUGGAGUUGGGAUAAUUGACCCCCGGAAAAUAUAUGAUUUCUACAAUGAUCUCCAUAGCUACCUUGCAAGCUGUAACAUUGAUGGUGUCAAGGUUGAUGUCCAAAAUGUGAUAGAAACCUUAGGUUCUGGGUAUGGGGGACGGGUUUCACUGACUAGGCAGUGUCAGCGAGCUCUUGAACAAUCAAUUGCAAGGAAUUUCAAGGACAAUAAUUUAAUCUGCUGUAUGAGUCACAACUCAGACUCAAUUUACAGUUCAAAGAAGAGUGCUGUUGCAAGAGCAUCUGAGGAUUUCAUGCCAAGAGAACCAACAUUUCAGACCUUACAUGUUGCUUCUGUCGCUUUUAAUAGUCUACUUAUUGGGGAGGUUAUGGUGCCAGACUGGGACAUGUUCCAUGUAAGAUGUCUUUCGUAUCUAUUGACACUAAUUACAGACUCAAGUAGGGUAUAAGAGUGUUGUAAUCUGUUUACUUCCAAAAUUUAAGCCUUUCAUAAAGGUUUAUCUGUUGUUUAACAGAAAAUAUAGGUACAGUUCCUAUAGCUUUAGAAUAGAACUCGUAUGAGUAUCCUGCGUUUAGUUCAUUUGGUAUUUGUAGAGGCUAUGGCUACAGGUUGCCGGGUCUAGUUAAAUAAAAUUAUUUUUGAUCCAUUUCAUAGUAAGCACGAGACUGCUGAGUUCCAUGGUGCAGCAAGAGCAAUAGGCGGGUGUGCAGUAUACGUCAGGUUUGCCAUGACGGUUAAUUAUUUGAUAUACUUCCAUCUCACAUGGAAAUCUAUUUCAUACCUGUUCUUAUUCUAAUGGAAAUCUAUUUUUCCGUUUUCAUAUUUUAAUGUCAUCACAGUGACAAGCCUGGCAAUCAUGACUUCAAAAUCCUUAGAAGGCUUGUGUUGCCUGAUGGGUCUAUACUGAGAGCUAGGCAUGGUGGUCGUCCUACUCGAGAUUGCUUAUUCAAUGACCCUGUCAUGGAUAAAAAGUAGAUGUCAUUUAAAAGAAUAAUAUGAAACUGAAGGUGUUUACAGGCAAACUUUCGUUUCAAUUUCUUGACUGGUUUACUCUUUUUUUCAGUCUGCUCAAGAUAUGGAACCCAAGGUUGUUAAAAUCGCGAUCUAAAUCCUAAGAUCGCACGAUUUUACGAUGUUAGAGGGCUUCAACGAUCUGGAUCGGACAAAAAUCGUGGGUCUCGAAGAAGCGAUCGAAGAUCGCGUACAUAAUCGUGAGAUCGUGAGAUCGUGCGAUCUUGAACGAUUUUAGAAACUAAAUUCUUCUGAGAUUA